AUGGGGCCGCGGCCACACGCUUUCCUGCUGGGGCUGCUCCUGCUUCUGGGGCCAGGGACCACCCAGGCCCAUUCCUUCUCUGGAGAGAAUACAUUGGAAGAGCAGCUAUGGCCAGAGUUGCAAAGCCUGAAGAAUAUUCCAUUUGUAUGCAACCCAAAGAAGUCAGGACCCAACGUGCCUUCUGAGUCAGUCCACUCUCUGAGACCUUCUGAUAUUAAAUUCGUGGCAGCCAUUGGCAAUGUGGAAACUCUCCCAGACCCGGGGACGGCCGGUGCGGAGAAGCAGCCAUGGGUUAGGAGGAGGCCACAGCAGGCGUGCAUGGGAGUGGUGACAGUACUUUCAGACAUCAUCAAACACUUCAAUCCCUCGGUUCUGAGGCCCGUGUGCACCCCUGGGAGGAAAGUGAUACCCCACAUUGGUGCUGAAGACUUGUGGAUUCAGGCAAAGGAACUGGUGAGGAGCAUGAAAAAGAACCAGGAACUUGACUUUCAAAAUGACUGGAAGCUAAUCAAUGUGUUCUUCAGUAACGCAAACCAGUGUCACCUGUGUCCCUCCACCCAACAGGUGGCUAUCCACAGGCACGUGACAGGCAGCAUGAACAAGCUGACCAGGAUGCUGGAUUACCUGCUGCAGGAGGUCCCCAGAGCAUUUGUGAACCUGGUGGACCUCUCUCCUCGGCACCAGGGGACCCAGCUCAGCCUCACAGCAGAGCCCUGCAAGUGCUCAGGGGACACCUCGAAGCUGUCCAGGGUUGUGACACAGUGGUCCUAUCAGGAAAGUUGGGACAGUCUCCUGGCCUCCAGCAGGUACAACCAGCAGGAGUCCUUCUCGGUGGUGUUCCAGCCCUUCUUCUACGAGGCGGCCCUGUCACCACACUCAAUGGAGCCCACGGGACAGAAAGAUGAGCCACUCAGGGCAGAUGAGGGCUGGCCCAUGAAAUGUCCCUCUCAGGAAAAUCCAUAUCUGUUCACCUAUAAAAACAGCAACUACCUCCCAAGGUCCCAUGAGAAGCUUGAGGUGAGAGAUGGAACGGAGAUCAGGUGCCCUGCCAUGGAUCCCUCCGACAAGAUUCCCACCUCAGUUCACAGGCUGAAGCCCGCGGACAUCAAGGUGAUCGCCGCCCUGGGCGACUCCCUCACGGCAGGCAAUGGGGCCGGAGCCAAGCCUGCGGACGUCUUGGACGUCUUGACUCAGUAUCGAGGCCUGUCCUGGAGCGUGGGCGGCGAUGGGAACGUCAGCAGCGUCACCACCCUGGCCAAUAUCCUCCGGGAAUUCAACCCUUCCCUGACGGGCUUUUCUGUUGGCACUGGGAAACAAGACAGCCCUGGGGCCUUCCUAAACCAGGCUGUGGCCGGAGCCCGAGCCGUGGAUUUACCUGAUCAGGCCAGGAGGCUGGUGGGCCUGAUGAAGAAUGACACGAAGAUAAAUUUCCAGGAAGAUUGGAAGGUUAUAACCCUAUUUAUAGGCGGCAAUGACCUCUGUGAUUUCUGCAAUGAUCCGGCCCACUAUUCCCCCCAGAACUUCACGGACAACAUUGGGAAGGCUCUGGACAUCCUCCACGCCGAGGUGCCUCGGGCGUUUGUGAAUCUGGUGAAGGUGCUGCAGAUCGUCAACCUGAGGGAGCUGUACUAUGAGAAGAAAGUCUACUGCCCCAGGCUGAUCCUCAGGAAUUUGUGUCCCUGUGUCCUGAAGUAUGAGGAUAACUCAACAGAGCUUGCCUCCCUCGUCGAACUGAAUAAGAAGUAUCAGGAGCGGACGCACCAGCUGGUUGAGGGUGGGCGAUACGACACAAGGGAAGAUUUUACGGUGGUCGUGCAGCCGUUCUUCGAAAAAGUGGACCUGCCCAAGACCCCGGAGGGGCUGCCUGACAGCUCUUUCUUCGCUCCGGACUGUUUCCACUUCAGCAAGAAGUCUCAUGCGCACUCGGGCAGUGCUCUCUGGAACAACAUGCUGGAACCUGUUGGCCAGAAGGCAAGAUGGCAUGAUUUUGAAAGCAAGAUCAAUAUCACAUGUCCGAACAAGGACUCGCCGUUUCUGAGCACCUACAAGAACAGCGUGCAGGGUCAUGGGAGCCAGCUGCUGUGCGGGGACACAACCCCUUCGGCCUCACCGCCCACCUCAGUGCACGCCCUGAGACCUGCAGAUAUCCGAGUUGUGGCCGCUCUGGGGGAUUCUCUAACUGCUGGCAAUGGAAUUGGCUCCAAACCAGACGACCUUCCUGAUGUCACCACCCAGUACCGGGGGCUGUCAUAUAGUUCAGGAGGAGACGGCUCCCUGGAGACCGUGACCACCUUGCCGAAUAUCCUUCGGAAGUUCAACAGAUAUCUCACAGGCUAUGCACUGGGCACAGGCGAUGCCAAUGACACCAACGCGUUCCUCAAUCAGGCUGUUCCGGGCGCGAAGGCUGAGGAACUUACAAGCCAAGUCCAGACUCUGGUGCAGCGGAUGAAAGAUGAUCACAGAGUAAAUUUCCAUGAGGACUGGAAGGUCAUCACGGUGCUGAUUGGAGGCAGUGACUUAUGUGACUACUGCACAGAUUCGCGACUGCUCAUCUCAGAUUCCGCCAACGAUGAGCUGGUGACAGCUGGAGGCCAGAGGGAGAACAAGUCCUUGGGGCUGGAGCCGAGGGGGGCCUUCACCUCCCCCCCAGACAAUCACACCUGUGUGUGUGCACGGGUACACUCCUUACCCCAUGACCCUGAGGUUUCUGGCUGCACCUCCAUGUCCCAGGUCGUCUCCUCCUCUCCCAGCGUUUUGUGUAACUGCGUGCUGACCCCUCGGGAGAACUCCCCGGAGCUGGCCAGGUUGGAAGCCAUCACCAGAGCCUACCAGGUGCCCAGGGCCCUGGUCAACCUUGUGGACUUCAUGAGCCCCAGUGUCAUGCGGCAGGUGUUCCUGGGAAACCCAGACAAGUGCCCAGUGCAGCAGGCCAGCGUUUUGUGUAACUGCGUGCUGACCCCUCGGGAGAACUCCCCGGAGCUGGCCAGGUUGGAAGCCAUCACCAGAGCCUACCAGAGCAGCAUGCUUGAGCUGGUGGAGUCAGGCCGCUACGACACACGGGAGGACUUCUCUGUGGUGCUGCAGCCCUUCUUCCACAACACCAGGCUCCCCAUCCUGGAGGAUGGGCGCUUGGAUAUGUCUUUCUUCGCCCCCGACUGCAUCCACCCAAGUCAGAAAUUCCACUCCCAGCUCUCCAGAGCCCUUUGGGCCAAUAUGCUCGAACCACUAGGAAGGAAAACAGAUACCCUGGACCUGACAGCAGAUAUACCCCUCUCCUGCCCCACGCAGAAUGAGCCUUUCCUGAGGACCCUGCGGAACAGUAACUACACAUACCCCACCAAGCCAGCCAUCGAGAACUGGGGUAGUGACUUCCUGUGUAUGCAGUGGACUCCGUCCAACAGUGUUCCCACCUCGGUCCAUGAGCUCCGACCAGGAGACAUCAAAGUGGUGGCCGCCCUGGGUGACUCGCUAACUACAGCGGUGGGAGCCCGCCCUGGCAACUCCAGUGACCAGCUCGUGUCCUGGCGGGGACUGUCCUGGAGCGCUGGAGGGGAUGGGGUCUUGGAGACGCACACCACGCUGCCCAACAUUCUCAAGAAGUUCAAUCCUCAAAUCCUCGGAUUCUCCACCGGCACCCAGGAGGAGACGGCAGGACUGAAUGUGGCUGUGGAAGGCGCCAGCGCUCGGGAUAUGCCAGCCCAGGCCCGGGACCUGGUGGCUCGAAUGAAAAACAGCCCUGAAAUCAAUCUGGAGAAAGACUGGAAGCUGAUCACUCUCUUCAUUGGGAGCAACGACUUGUGUCAUUACUGCGAGAAUCCGGAGGCCCAUUCAGCCAGGGAAUAUGUUCGGCACAUUCAACAGGCCCUGGACAUCCUCUAUGAGCCAGGUGGUGUGGCUUACCAGCAACGUGACUUCUCUGGAUCUUCGUUUCUCAAUGUAGAAACUCUGAGGGAGAGUCCCAAGCAGCUGGAGACAGAGAAGGGAGGCCUCAGGAACAUAAAGGAGAGGGACUGGGCCAUCAUGGCCGUCUUCACCCAAUUCCAUCCCGCUCCCUACCUGGUCAUUCUCUGGACAAACCACAGAAGCCACAAACUUGGGAAGGAGCAGCCAUGUGGCAUGGGGAAUGGGCGGCCUGUCCACACGGAGACCCAGGCAUCUGGUGCCAACUCUUCCACCUUCUCUCUCAACAAGAGCAACUGCACUUGCUUCAGACGCUUCCAGGAGAACUCCCCAGAGAUGCAAGAACUGAAGAAAGUGAACUGGAAUUUUCAGGUAGAUCUGCAUCCCUUCUCUUCCUGCCCCAGUUGGUCACAGCGAGGAGGAGCUGACCUCACCUUCUUCUCCGAAGACUGUUUCCACUUCUCAGAACGCGGGCAUGCCGAGAUGGCCAUUGCGCUCUGGAACAACAUGCUGGAACCAGUGGGCCAUAAGACGACCUCCAACAACUUCACCUACAGCCGAACCAAACUCAAGUGUCCCUCUCCUGAGAGCCCUUACCUCCACACCCUGAGGAAUAGUCAGCUACUCAAAAACCAGGCUGAAGAAGGCCCCAACGUGCUCCCCUGGGCCGUGCCAGUGGCGGCAGGAGGUGGCCUUGCAGUUGGCGUCGGCGUGGUGAUGGCAUGGAGAGCCAGGAGAAGCCACCAGAAGGAAAAUCCUCCAAUAAGCCUGGACACUGUGAGAUUGUAGGCCCACCGGCCACGUGGAUGCUCAUCCUAGAAGUCCCAGCCACACACUCCUCCCCAGCCCUCUACCUCAGCCGCCACAGAGCGCACUUGCUUCCACACCUGGUGACGUAGGAAGCCAAAAGGACCUUCCUGACUUACUGAGCCCCGGGGCCAAUGCUCCUGGAAUUGGCAGAUUUAAAUGAAGGCCAAAGCCAUUCUGUUCUUGGGUUAACCUGCUUGAAGCUCUUGCCUUCCAUCUGUCAUGUGAUGCAGGUGUGGGAGCUAGAGCCUUUCCUGUCAUCUCAGCCAGAGCUGCCCAAGUGAUGGCCAACCCCAACCAGACCGACCCCUAUUGGGCUCCAGCCAGCACUGGGGGAGCAGCUCCUCAGUCCCCAAACCCACUACUUAGAGUGUGGGGAGGACGUUGGUCACCAGGUGCUGGCUAGAAUUCGGGAGCUGCCUGGCCACCAUCCAUUACAGUCCAACGCAUACCUGCCGCGCACCUGUUUUGUACCCAGGACAACAUAGAGCCCUGUGGUACCUCCAAGGCUGUGAGGUUCCUGGCCAAGGAGACAAACUCCUUCAAGAGACAAGAAGCUCUGUGACAGUGCAAUUCAGCGCUGCGGCGUUGACGGGUAAACGCAUCCGAUUGCUCUCAAGACUAGGAGAGUUCCUUGGGAAAAGUUUCCUGAAAAAGGGCAAUUUUGAAAAUGCCAUUUAAAAAAAUUAAAGGAUUGGGACAUGAAUACCUUACAUAUCCUCAACCUGGUUUACUCAAGGGACUAAAUUUCGGAAUGAUGUCCUCUUUCUACAUUACCAGGUUGCUGAGAGAGAGCUGGAGAGUCUGACAACACAGGCCCUUACUAGGGCAAGCCCUGAGCUGGAUGUCUUUCUCAGAUUAUUCCUUUGAUUUUGCACAAAAAGCCAGGGAGGGAAUGAUGAAAAGUUUUGAAACUAGGAGUGGUGGUUGCGCAGCAUGGUGAAUGCACUAAAUGCUACUGACUUAUUCCCUUUAAAAUGGUUAAUUGUAAAUCCUGUGAAUUUCACCUCAAUAAAAAGCAAACAAAAUGAAUCCGUUA